AUGGCUAAACCAGACACUAAGAGGCACAGCGAAACACUGAAUGGUGCCACCAAUGAACUAGUCAUGCAAGAGGUGGUCAGCACCAGUGAUAACCACGCGGUGAAUGUGGUUCAGGAGGUGGAUGAGUGUCAACCGCCACCACCGAAACGGCCACUCAAUGGUGAUUCGCGCGAAGACAUUGACCACAACUUCAAGUUCAGCGAUCGGCCCACUCUGGAGGAGUUGCAUGCAAUGCACACCCGGUUUGUGAGGGACAGGGAUUGGGAUCAGUUUCACAGUCCGAGGAAUGUGUUGUUGGCGCUCGUGGGCGAAGUGGGAGAGUUGGCUGAGCUGUUCCAGUGGAGGGGCGAGUGUCCCGUCGGACUCACCGACUGGUCCGCCAAAGAGCGCACAGCCCUCGAGGAAGAGCUCAGCGAUUGUCUCAUAUAUUUGCUCCGAUUGGCCGACAGGUGUCGAGUGGAUCUGCCGGCGGCUGCCGUCCAGAAGUUGGCCAAAAAUGAAGCCAAAUAUCCGAUCGAUAAGGUGUUCGGCAGCUCCAAGAAGUACACCGAAUAUCAGUGA